AUGUCAGUGAAACGUGAAGGUGGCGCGAUGGAUCCGCUAGCGAAAAGAUCCAAAUCUAAUACCCCUGCGCAGGAUACGGAGCCUGCCUUUGAUUUGGGGAAUUCACAAAUGUCUCGUACUAGUUCUAUAUCUCAGCAGUCAGGUGGAUCUGGGAAUUUCUCUACAGUUGUGCCAAUGGCCUUUGAUAACACGGGAGAUAAUUCUGAUGGAAUGUCCUUGCCCAAAAAAUCGAUGCCGACGACAGAUCUCAAAAAAUCUGAUAGCAACUCCACUGCAAAUCUACUGGCACUGCCCAAGAAAGAUGAAAAGAAAAAAUCCAAAGCUCAGAGUAAAAGUGGUCAAGCUUCCAGUUCUCAAGGGGCGGAGAUUUCAUCAGGAAACAAGCCACCGCAGACCGAUCCAAAUAAAAUGCAGGAUGUAUUAUUUUCGGCUGGUGUGGAUAUCAGGGAGGAGGAAGCACUUCUGAACUCAUCUAUGAAUGCAUCAAAGUCGCAGACACAAACAGCAAACAUGAAAAUGCCCAAUCGUCAAGCUUUUCUCCAUCCUGAUCAGGUCGGCGCCUUUAUGAAGAAAGUCAGUAAAGAACAGAAUUUUACCCAGAACUUUACAAAAAAUUCUGAGGUUUUGCGUGUCAUGUCUAGUGCAUGUGAAAUGUAUAUGAAAGACGUAAUAACAAACUCACUGGUAAUAUCCAGACAUAGAAGAAGAGCUGUCACUUUGAAUUCGGGAAGAAGAAGUGAACUAUCUGCGUCGUUGAGGUCGAUGGCUUUGGUUCAAAAAAAGGAGGAAGAAAGACGUGUGAAAAAGCGAAUAGCGUUGGGGCUAGAGAAAGAAGACUUUGAGAAUAAGAUGGACUCCGAAGAAACCCUACACAGGGCUUCGAAUGUCACUGCUGGUCUGCGAGCAGGUAGCAAAAAGCAAUAUGGUUGGCUGACCUCAUCCACAAGUAAACCAACUGCCAUGGGAUCAAAAACCCUUGGGAAAGUUGCUUCUGCCAUUGCAGCUAGAGGCGAUAGUGGACUGAGAUUCAGAGAGGCGAGGGAAGAGCCGGGUAUAGUAAUGAGAGAUUUAUUAUAUGCAUUAGAGAACAGGCAUAACGGAACUCACAAUGUGAUUUCGAAGGGAUAUGCAAGAAUUAGGGAUUAA